GCGGAUUUUUUUUUCCGGAAUAAGAUGGCGGCAGCGAUCGCGUUGAGGAGCUGUUACAGGGCUGCGGGGCCCCUGCUCCAUGUUCGGCAUAUUAGAUUGUACAGUAGCAUUCGCUUGUUAAAGGCAAAACACAUUUGUGGGUUUGACAAGUCUGCAUGGCGGUGUCGGCAUCAACACCGAUUGUUCAGAACAGCUGUUGUUUCAAAUGGCCAAAUUGUCCAGUUCAAGCUCUCGGAUAUUGGAGAAGGAAUUACAGAGGUGACGGUUAAAGAAUGGUAUGUAAAAGAAGGUGAUGUUGUGUCACAGUUUGACAGCAUUUGUGAAGUACAAAGUGAUAAAGCUUCUGUCACCAUCACCAGCCGUUACGAUGGCAUCAUUAGAAAACUCUAUUAUGAAUUAGAUGAAAUUGCCUAUGUGGGGAAGCCACUGGUGGAUAUAGAAACAGCUACCUUGAAAGAUGUAGCUUCUGAAGAGGACGUUGUGGAAACGCCUGCGGUGUCACAUGAAGAACAGACCCACCAGGAGAUUAAGGGCCACAAAACCUUGGCAACCCCUGCUGUUCGCCGCCUUGCCAUGGAAAACAAUAUUAAACUGAGUGAAGUUGUUGGAACAGGGAAAGAUAACCGGAUCCUCAAAGAAGACAUUCUCAAUUACUUGGCCAAGCAGACAGGAGCCAUUUUACCUCUUUCACCAAAGCCUGAAAUAACCCCACCUUCACCAAAAUUGCAACCUGUAGCAGGCAUGCCAAAAGAGAAGAUACUGAGAACUCCUGUCUCCAUUUCGAAGCCUGUAGCAAUUACCGGGAAAGAUAAAACAGUGCCCUUAUCAGGUUUUCAGAAGGCAAUGGUGAAAACCAUGACUGCUGCUCUGAAGAUUCCUCACUUUGGUUAUUGUGAUGAGGUUGAUCUCACACAACUCGUUCAGUUGAGAGGAGAGCUGAAACCUGUAGCCCAAGAACGGGGAGUUAACCUUUCAUUCAUGCCCUUCUUUAUAAAGGCCGCUUCAUUAGGGUUAUUACAUUACCCUUUACUCAAUGCUUCUGUGGAUGAAAACUGUGAAAACAUUACAUACAAGGCUUCUCACAACAUUGGUAUUGCUAUGGAUACAGGACAAGGCUUGGUGGUCCCUAAUGUAAAGAACGUUCAGGCCUGUAGUGUGUUUGAGAUCGCGGCAGAAUUAAACCGCCUACAAAAUUUGGGGUCUGCUAACCAGCUGGGAGCAAAUGACCUCACCGGGGGAACAUUCACACUUUCCAACAUUGGCACAAUUGGUGGCACGUAUGCAAAGCCAGUAAUACUGCCUCCUGAAGUGGCUAUCGGGGCACUUGGAAAGAUACAGGUCAUUCCUCGAUUUAACAGUAAAGGUGAAAUAUAUAAAGCGCAUAUAAUGAAUGUGAGCUGGUCAGCUGAUCACAGGGUCAUCGAUGGCGCGACCAUGUCCCGUUUCUCUAACUUGUGGAAAUCAUACUUGGAGAACCCUGCUGCCAUGCUACUGGAUCUUAAAUAAAGAAGACUAAUGGCUGGACAUGGACUUUUAAUGUUGGAACAGUUAUCAAGCUAGCAAUGCUAGCAAGUGCCCUUAAAAAUGUCGUUUUAUAAUUCACAAUUGCAUCGUGUGCUAAAUAGGGCUUUUUGAUCACUGGCCCAUAUAUUGAUUACCUGUUACAUUCUGUCUAGUUGGGUAGUUUUGUGGUAACUUAUUUGACUGAAGGCUGUCACAGGUCAUGAUAUGGUUCCUUGGUAAGGCGGUGGGAAAUUCAUGGUGAAGAAGCGAAGAGGCAAGCUCUAUUCCACUAUACUGACAUUACCAGAGGAAGGCUGCUAAGGUUACUUUGGGACUUGUUUUUAAUUACUUACGCUAUUCACAAAAUGAAUUAUGUCAAAGUUUAUUCUUGAAACAAGAAUAUCUCUUUGGAAAAAUAAAGGGAUGUUACCAGCUUUCUAAUGCAAUUAAUGCAUUACAACGUUCAAAUAAAAUUCCUUUUAUGCUUAUUUUGUCACAUAAUUUGAGAAUGGCCCUUUCUUGGUUAAUGGUGCUAACUUCUCUCUUUUUUGAACACCCUUCCUAAAAUAAAGUUUGCCGUAGGGCAAUUCGUCACUGAAAUAGACUUGAACACAUUAAAAACCCUUUCCCUACAUAUGCAGUGUACAUGCAUUUUUAUGAAUAUAAACCUUUAAUCUCUCUAAUGUUAUAAGGAACACUGCAAGUGCACAUGCCAUGCAGACAUGUAUCUGGUACUUCUGUAAUGUGCAAAGUGGCUCUCAGUUAAUGGGAAGAUCUUAAAAGUAUCCAACAGCAGUGUGUAAAAGUCAAACUUUAUACAAUGUCACUAGGGAGGAGUCAUAUCUGAACCACUCCUUUCCCUGCAAAACAGCACUUUCAAAAAUAAAUUUCUGAAAUAUCCCACGUAUUGGUGCAAUUAUUGGGCAGUUAUGGCGAUGUGGUAGUUAACUGUUCUGUACAAAAUAUAACAAAUGUAACAGAGCUUUUAAAGAUACAGUUUGCUUUUUUCCAUCUUCACAGAAUGCAGUGGGUGAAUUUAAUGGGUGAAGGAGGCAGUCUCAAAUAUAGCUGGUAUCAAUUCAUAUGAUCAUAGUAGAUUUUUUUUCAGCCACCACAAUCAUGAAGUUUGCUGAUAACCAGUUCAUGCGUUAUGUUUGUCUACAUUAAUUCACGGCUAUGGCUGAAAAGGCAACUGGGAAAGUGCACAAGGAAAGUAAAGGCAUCCUUGCCUUAUAUACAACAGUAGAAAGGCAAAUCACGAAUUCAGAUAUAUUGCCAGACAAGUCAGUGAAUUCAAAACAAAUUGACUGGUUUCAGUCAAAGAUUUCCUAUACCACCAUUGGGAUGUACAGUCCAUUUUUCUGUGUGCUCAUGGAUGGAUCAUGGAUAAAUCCUAUGUGUGUUUAGACAAAACAAACGCCUACAACUCCACAGCAUUCUCAAGCUGGCAUGGCUGGUUAGGGCAUUCUGGGAAUUAUAGGGCUUUUUUCCUGUCUAAAUAUGCAUAAUAUUGCACUUUAAAUAUAUUCUAUGGAUUGACCCUAAAGUAGGUGAACCCUUAGAUGGAAGAAAAGUCUCCAAGACAACUCAUGAAUACAUGGCUCCUUAGCAAGCUUAAAACUAUCCCUCAUAAAUGAGCAUGCUUGAUUGAAAUCAUACGAACAAAGUGCUCAAAUUCAAGUACUGUUGUGCAUUCAAAAUGUUCAUGUUUAAAUUAUUCCCUGUAUUUGAAGGUUUAUUGGCUAAUAAUCUAAAUGAACUCUUAAGUGGCUUAAAAACAGCAGCAAUGCACCUUUCUAACCUAUUAUCUGUGAAAAGAAGGUUGAGGUUAAAAACCUCAAACUGGAGACCUCUUCCCAGAUUUACUCCGAGUAGCAGGGGUGGGAGUGCAGGGACAGUUGUGAAAUAAUAUUAGUAUCUCCUGUAGAUCCAUCCAUGUGGAACUUUAUAUUCGCCCUUUCUGAUUUUUUAAAAAGGUAUUCUAUCUUAACAUUUCUUAUUAUGUUCUAUUCUUUAAUAAAUCUUGUUUUCUUACAA